CGCGCCGUCGAUCGUCCUCAAACCCUAGCAUCUCCGAAGCGCCUUCUACGUAGCAUCAAUUUUCAAGCAAGCAAAAUGACUUUCAAGCGUAGGAACGGAGGCCGCAAUAAGCACGGCCGCGGCCAUGUCAAGUUCGUUCGUUGCUCCAACUGUGGAAAGUGCUGUCCUAAGGACAAAGCCAUCAAGAGAUUCCUUGUUAGAAACAUUGUGGAGCAAGCUGCGGUCAGGGAUGUCCAGGAAGCUUGUGCUUAUGAAGCGUACACUCUUCCCAAGCUCUAUUUGAAGGUGCAGUAUUGUGUUUCUUGUGCAAUUCACUCCAAGGUUGUCAGGGUCCGCUCACGUGUUGAUAGAAGGAAGCGUGACCCUCCAGUGCGUAACCUUAACAGACGCCCAAUGGACAAGGACAAUGCUGCUAAGCCCGGUCUUGGAGCACCACGUGUUCCUGGAGCACCUCCGACUGCUGUUCGUAGCUAAGCCUGGUGGAUGUUUUUUUGGUUCUCCCAUUAUAUCUUUACUUUUGAAAAUGUGUUUUUGACGACCGCUCUUUGUUUUACUUGAACAUUUAUGAUAUUACCGAGUAUGGCUUUGAUUGGUGUUUCCGAUAGACCGAUUGUUGUGAUUUUAUUAUUUAGAUGCAUUUCCAACUAAAUAUAAUAUCAAGCUUGAUAUUACUUGGGGGGUUAUUCACGUUUGGGACUUGAACUUUUAGCUAU